CAAUAUGUCUGUUUGUCAAAUCAAAUCGGACUUGAGAGGAGUGCGCGUCGUCUUUUGAAGAAUGCACCUCCCGAUCGAAUUUUUUUGAGGUUCUUCAACGUGUCCGGUCGAAAAAAUGACGAUUAUUGUGUUUCUGAUCGAUACAUCGGCGUCAAUGUUACAAAGGACGUACAUAGGUGGCCGUACUACACUUCUGGACGUGGCGAAGUCGGCUGUCGAGACUUUUGUUAAAAUUCGACAGAGGAGUAUGGACAGUCGGAUUGACAGGUACAUGCUUUUAACGUUCGAAGAAACCCCAAGCAACAUCAAAGCGGGCUGGAAGGAAAACUUGGCGACUUUUAUGAACGAGCUGAAGAAUUUGCAGUGCUACUCGAUGACGACGAUGGGGGUGGCGGUGAAACAAGCGUUCGACAUUCUCAAUAUAAAUAGGAUGACUUCGGGAAUCGACACCUACGGACAAGGAAGGUGCCCAUUUUUUCUGGAAACCUCAGUCAUUGUUUUAAUAACUGAUGGAGGAAAACUCACCACAGUGAACGGCGUCCACGAAGAGUUCAACCUCCCGAUGCACUCCCCGGUCCCGGGGUCCGAAAUGACCCGGGAGCCCUUUAGGUGGGACCAGCGCCUCUUCGCACUUGUUUUGCGCCUCACCGGUACUCCAGCUAUUGAAAGAGACACUGGUCUGGUCCCUAACGACUCCAGCCCCAUUGAUGCUAUGUGCGAAGUGACCGGGGGGCGCUCCUACUCGAUCACGUCGCACCGAAUGCUUAAUCAGUGUAUUGACAGUUUGGUGCAGAAGGUUCAAAAUGGCGUGGUGAUCAACUUCGAGAAGAUAGGUCCCGAUCCGCCGCCCCCACAGUUCGAAAAGGGGGAUGACGGGAAAGAUGAGGUGAAGGAGCCCGAGUUUGACGAUAGACUGGUGAAUCAACCCAUUCUGUCCACGUCGUGGCACAACUGCCGGAAGAUGAUCUACGUACCCAAGAGUAGUAAAUCGUACUGUGUGGGUUUCUGGCCCAUCCCUGAGUCCUUCUGGCCUGAGGUGACGGCGUCGGUGUUGCCGGCUCGGUCGGCGCACCCCAACAUCAAAUUCACCUGCACUAGCUCUGAGCCUCUGGUGAUUGAAAAUUUGCCGUUCGACAAGUACGAGCUGGAGCCGUCGCCCCUCACCCAGUUUAUUUUAUCUAGGAAGCAACCCAAGACGUGCUGGCAGGUGUUCGUGGCCAAUAGUUACAAGAACUCGGAGGUGGGGCACCCAUUUGGGUACCUCAAGGCCAGCACGAACCUCAACUGCGUAAAUUUGUUUGUAAUGCCGUAUAACUACCCGGUGCUGUUGCCCCUCUUGGACGAGCUGUCCAAAGUUCAUAGGUGGAAACCCACGAAUGAGUGGCGCACCCAAUUCCAGAACUACUUGAGGACGAUGCCCGCCUACUACGCCGGUCCUUUACGACGAGCCCUCACCCGCAUGGGUACUCCCUUAGCCCUCGCCCAAACCCUCAUCCCCGAAAACUCCGAAAAUCUCAGCUACUCAGUCUCGAACUACCUCAAACGGCUCAAAAACCAAGCCAAAUCCGAGUACGACAAACUCUGCAGCGAAAUCACGCUACGACAAAACACGAACAACCUCAAAAGCAACUCGGAACAAGUCAGGGUCCUACCCAAGGUCACACUGAAGAAAGACCUCAUCAGCCACCCCCUCCUCGCCGACAAGUUCACCGCUCAGCGCGACCAACUCAUCGACCAAUCGAAUUCGUUCAUCGUCACCCUCGACAAGGAGCGCCAGAACGUCAGCUUCAAGAACCCCUUCGACAUCCCCCGCAGCCGCCUCAUCCAGCAGGUGGUGCGAAUGCGCAACAACUUCCUCCAGCCCGACUGGAUCUCCCUCGACCAAGACAGCGCCCACUCGCUGCCCAUCUCCCAGAUGGGCAACUACCAGGAGUACCUCAAGCGGCAGACGCCGCAGCUGCGCGAGAUCGAGUCGGCGCCGGUGCGCCAGCACAUGUUCGGCAACCCCUUCAAGAUCGACAAGAGGAUGAUGGUCGACGAGGCGGACCUCGACCCGGUGGCCUCGUCGCCGGGGGCCAACCGCAACAACAAGCGCCCGAACCCGGCGGACAUCGGCGGCCGCCUGCCGCUCAAGCGCAAGCCCGGCCCGCUGCCCAAGGCCUUCUCGAUCCGCAGGCCGAGCGCCGGCGGCACGCCGCCCCCGAGCCCCACGCCGCUGGCGCCCUCGCCCGUGCCAUGGACCAGUGCCAUCGAGAAGGACCUGCCCUCGUUCGACGAGCGUCCGAGCCUCAUCGCGGUCAACGGCCUGGACAACAGCGCCUCGUCCAGCGAGCGGUCGCGCUCCCCCUCCCCCACGAUGGACAUGCCGUCCUACAGCGUCAGUGAAGUGAAUUUAGCCAACAGGAAUUCGAACCCGUUCGGUUACACGAAUUCAGGUGCCUUAGAUACUGCGACGACGAACUCGUUGAACGAUUUUUAUCCCAGUGUGUCGGUUAGUGACGAUAGUAAACAGAGUAUAUCGCAGAUACUGAAGGAAGCGAACAGUAUUAAUAAUAGUGUGGUUAACCACCAGGUGGAGGUUAAGCCGAAGGUUGUGGAGGACAUGCGCGAAAUCGAGGUGCAGAACAACGAAAUUCGGAAGCAACUCCACAAGUUGGUGAGGCGGCCGGGGAAGAACUUUACCGAGUUGUUUGACAACAUUAAAACUUUAAAAGGCAAUACUGAAGUACAAGUUAAGAUGGUUGAGUUGAUUAUUAAGGAAUCGUUGAGGUUUAAGAGGCAGCAUUUGGCGCACUUGUUACAAGAGUAUAUUCAGAGUUUGUUGAGUGUUGAGAAUAAGUAAGUUAGUUGCGCUGUACAUAUUUUUUAUUUUAUUAGGAUGUUGAUUAUUAGUAGUAUAUGAAGUGGUAUUUAUGGACCAGCUCAUAGCGGGCACUUGAAAAAAUCCCGAUAAAAAAACAGCGUGAUUUUACUUUAUUUUAAGAGAUUGUAGUUGUUUUUUUGUUUUUAGUGUGGUACUACUGACUGUUGUUACCAAUUACUGCUCAAAAUCGGUUUCAAGCCCGGACAUUUUCAAAAAUUAUUAAAAUAUAAAUUUCAGACGACAGUUAGACAAUCUUUCUACUGAGGUUUUUGAUUUUUGAAAUUUUCGUACGGGUCCCUACUAAGUUUAAAAUAACAAGACAAUGAAGCCACUUAAAACUGUUGUCAAGGAGUAUGAGUAAACAAAAGCGGAUGUCGUGGAUUGUUAGAUCCGGCUUACGUCAGAUCUGUCAUACUGUCAACCUAAAAUCGUACUAUUGAAAGAAUUCUCAUGCUUCUUUUCAGAAUGAUUUGUUGGUUUGUGCCUAAAAUUAAUAUUGUACAAAGACUUAAAAUCCCCGGAUAUCUUAAGAACUUAAGUCGACUUAGAGGUUAAUCUACGUUAAUAUUUUUUCUUACUUUGAGUGUGAUUCUAGGAUGUUUCUUCUGUUUUUGAGUGCAAUUUCGUCUGUAUUUGUACGACUAGGAUCUUGUGAACUAAAACUACUGGCGAAUCACAUAUGUUUUUAAAAAGUCGUUCGGAAUUUUAUGUCAUUGAAGAUUUUUACAAGUUUUUUAAUCUUCUCACUCCUUCAACAAAAAUAAUAUGUUUUAAAACAACUUUUAAAUCUUUGAAGCAGCCGAGAAAUUAAUUUUUAGUUGUAGUUUUUUUACACAAUUCUCUGAAGUGCCCAACCCAGCUGGUCCAGACGUAAAACUUCACGCACUACUACUAUUUAUUUCAAGUGAUUACUUUUUUAAUUAAUUUUACAAAAUGAAAUAUUUUCUUAUAAAACUAUGAGAUUUUUAUAAGAAUUAAAUGUACUUUUUUAAACUGUUUGAUUCAGUCAUCAGACUCCUGUGCGAUUAAAAAUAGAACGACUAAAGCGCCUUCAGAUGUCAAAAACGUCAUUCCGAAAAAGUUAAAAACGAUAAUUUCAGGUUGCUGCAAAAAGUGAGGAUAUCGAACGAAUCGUGCCGUGUUUAGAAAGCUUGGCGAUAAGUGUGGUGCGAAGGAGCGAACGAAGCUCGCGACCCCUUGCAGAUUUUGUUUCACAGGUUUAUUUAUAGUUUGAGUUGAACACAUUAUUGUUUCUACGGCUGUUUUUUUAAUACAUUAAUCAGUUCAGAGCGUUAAUUAAUUGAAUAGUGGUCUACAUGUAAUCAUUUUAUUAAUUUUAAGUACUCACAAUUACGAAUUAGUUAAUUAUUUAUUGAUUACUAACUUAUUAUUUAGAUUAAUUUUCAAAUGAUCAUUUUAUUGCAACAACCCGUGUGGAAUAUUUAUGACGUCAUUAUUUACAAAUAUUUCCUGUAAGGCUCAUUUAUCAAGUGGGUGGUGCGAACGCAACUCUAGGCCAAUUGUGCCAAUAUUUUUCUACGCGAAGUUACAAAAAAAAAGUGUAAAUAAUUUUAAGGUGUUUUUUAUAAACGAGAGUUAUAUAAGAAAUGGAAACAAUGACAAUUUUGUUUAAACUGUUUUAUUCAGUUCUAUUCAGACAUCCUGUGCGGUAUAAUACUCAAACAAAAAUCAUAAAAAAAUACAAGUAGAAAAUAUAGUUCUUAUCCUAUUUACAAUAAUCGGUAGAGCUACGAAAUAAGACACUGUGGUCCGUUGUGUAAAUUGUAGGCGGGGUGAUUCAUCGCUCGAACCUUUACAUUUAAUAACACUAAAAACAUAACCUCACUUGUUUGUCGCUGCCACAUUCGAUUUCAAAUUAACGCAAUCAAUCACCCCGCUUGAUCGAGAAGGCCACGCUUCAGCCUUGUCCGUCUUCUCAGCGCCACCUAUGAUAUGUCAGCUACCUUGUAUAAACCUAACCUAUGGAAGUUGGACGGGAUUCUCUUAUAGUACGAAAAAUUGAGCCCCCAGGAAAUACGCCCGAUUUAUAACCCUUCAUGCAACAUGUUGCCCCACCUAAUCUCGGGUAAAUGUAUUUCCUGGGCCGUAUCCUAGAACCUGUCUUUCCCCGCAAGCAUGUCAUUGUCGCUCAACAUCUGCAAAUCCUGGAGCUCCUGGAAUUUCUCGUGAUCACGUAUAUGGGCGUAAUUUGCCGCCAGACACAUCAAGUAGUGCACCUGCAACCCUAGUUAAUCAUUGCUACCAACUAAAACAACAACUUACCAGGCUUAAAAUCACCAAAACGGAAGCCACAGUGGCUAGGAUCACCAUAACUUCGAUUUUUUCGGUGUAGUCUUUACAGAAUGCUUUGACGUUGUGGUCGCCACAGACUUUCAUGUGCUCUUGGCGCGUCCCCGCGGGGAACAGAAAAUCUAUAAAUUUUUGAUAAUUAUAAAUUAAUUACAUUAAAAACAAAAACUCACAAAAUUGGGUAAAGUCAAUGCAAUCCUGGAACGUCGCCACUCUUUCGUUCGCACACAUCUUCCAAAAAAUCGUAAACAAGAACGUCGCAAUCACCAAGAAAGUGAAAAUGAGGAUCCAAAUCAGCUGCAAGAUGUACGUAAUCGCCAUAAACUAAAACCACUUUCUUACUAAUUAGCUCUUAAUGAUUUCAAUUAAUUACGAUAGCGCAGCUGAUUCUUCCACCCACUCGGGAUCUCCACGCUCUGUAAACUUUAUGUCUUGUCGCUCCCGUCGCCAGACACCCUACUGUAAGGAUCAUGAGCCCCAGGGCCCCCAUGCACGCUCCAAUAAUCACGAAAGUCAUUUUAACCGCAUCCACCCUGAAACCCCCUUGUCAGAUUUCGACGGUCACGUUGUCCACUUACCAGAACAGCUGCAUCUUGAACACAUCGCUGAACAUCAAAACCGCAAGCGUGGCCCCACGGUACAUCGUACCGCAGAAAAUCACCACUCCUAAGGCACAUUGUAUCGUUGCAAUGAGUGUGGCGUAGGGGAUACGCGUCAGGCACGAGUCGCAAAAACCUGGAAAAACGUGAGGUGAAGUCGAAAUUGGGGAGGGACAUACCUUUGUCAGGGUUUGUUACGAUGGUGUUAAGGCUUAGGUUUGACCUGAUUAGGGCGUCUUGCUGCUCCAGGUCGAAGGAGGUCUCUUGGGGAGGAGGACGAGGGUCGUGCAUUGUUAAAGGGAGUGACUAAUAACGCGAUAAA